AUGGCUCCUGUUGGAAAGCUCUACGGUGCCGCUGGCAACCCCCGUUUCCGUCGUACCUACGCCACCGCCAAGGCGGCCGGUGUCGAGGUCGAGGUCGUCCCCUGCGUUAUGGACGGCUCGUGGAAGACCGAGGAGUUCCUCAAGAAAUUCCCCCUCGGCUACCUCCCCGCUUUCGAGGGCAAGGACGGCUUCAAGCUCCAGGAGUCCGGUGCCAUCGCUGACUACCUCGGUGGCCUGAACCCCGAGUCUGGCAUCGUCCCCACCGACGCCGAGAAGCUCGCCGACGUUCGUCAGUGGCAGUACUUCGCCGACCAGGAGCUCUUCGUCAAGUCGGCCCCUGCCUUCUACAUGCUCAUCGGCCGCAUCCCCUACUCGAAGCCCGCCUUUGACGCCAUCAUCGCUGCCGUCACCCAGCGCCUCGAGGUCCUGAACGCCGAGCUCCUCCGCAAGACCUUCAUCGUCGGCGAGCGCCUCACCAUUGCCGACAUCUUCCUCGCCUCGGCCCUCCUCUUCAUCUUCUCCACCACCAUUGACGCCACCAUCCGCGCCAAGGUCCCCAACGUUGUCCGUUACUUCAACACCAUCAUCAACCACCCCAAGAUUGCCGACGUCUUCGCUGAGCCCGCCGUCGAGCUCCUCCAGGAGCCCGCCGUCUUCAAGGGCCAGUCCAAGAAGAAGGAGGAGAAGAAGGAGAAGGCCCCUAAGGCUGAGAAGCCCAAGGCCGAGAAGGCCCCCAAGGCCAAGAAGGAGGCCGAGGAGGACCUUGCCCCUCCCCCUGACGUUCCCGCCGAGCCCAAGGCCAAGAACCCCCUUGACUCCCUCCCCAAGUCCAACUUCAACCUUGAGGAGUUCAAGCGUCAGUACUCGAACCUCGACACCCGUGGUGCCGGUGGCUCGCUCGAGUGGUUCUACAACAACUUUGACAAGGAGGGCUUCUCCGUCUGGCGCAUCGACUUCCUCUACAACGAGGACCUCACCAUGACCUUCAUGUCUGCCAACCAGAUCGGUGGUCUCUUCGCCCGCUGGGAGGCUUCGCGCAAGUACCUCUUCGGCUCGGUCGGUGUCCUUGGCAAGACCAACGACUCGAUCAUCACCGGUGUCCUCGUCCUCCGUGGCCAGGACGCCGACCCCGUCGUCUCGGUCGCCCCCGACUGGGAGUCGUACAAGUUCACCCGCAUGGACCUCGACAAGCCCGAGGACAAGGAGUUCUUCGAGGGCGCCAUGGCCUGGGACCUCAAGGUCGGCGACAAGGAGUGGGCCGACGGCAAGAACUUCAAGUAA